CUGAAUUUGUUGAAGCUUCUAAAAGUCUAAAGCCAUUGGACUAUAUUGAAGCCUGAAAAGGAUAGCCAUGUUUUAAAAAAAAAAAAUUGAAAACUUUAGAAUGCUAAUUUUUUGCAUUUGUUCUCAAAUAUCCUCUUUUCUUUCCGGAUGAAUUAGGUAAAACUGCACCAGAAAUGCUUCAGAAUUUGGGUGUUGGGAGAUUUUCUCAAAAUCAAUAUGUUGCGUCAGAAAAUUUUGGUGCUCUUACUGAAGAUGUAAAAGCAAGAGCUUUAGUUAAAAGUGUGAGCGAGAUGUUAUUUUUAUGUGGAAGUAAUAAAAGAGCUGUGCUUGCUACUUUGAAUGCUAUUGGCCACAACAUUGAGGGAUCUGAAGGCACUCCCAAGGAUGUGGUUAUUGCACAAGCUCUUGAAGGUCUUCCAAUUGAAUCAGCUGCUGAUUUGCAGAAGGUUCUAAGAGUUGACAGAUACACAACACGAGCAAAUGCCUGUAGGAGGCUGGAAGAAAUGAUUCCUGUUUUCCAAAGUCGGAUGGGAGCAUUGCUGUUCCUCAUUUCCGCAUUACUUUUUCGAGGAUUGGACUGUGUUCAAGAUGACAGGGAUGAUCCCAACUAUCACUAGGCACCACCCCAUUUGGACAUGCUUCUCAGGAAAUUGUGAACGUCUUGCUUUGUGGGGAAGCUGUUCCAAAUGUAUUUGAUGGAAAGAUGGAUUUAGGAGAUGGCAUCUUUCUGAAGGGCAUAUCUACCAGUGUGGAAGUUGGAUUCCUCACUCUUCUGGAAUCCCUUAAUUUCUGCAAGGUUGGCCAGCAUCUGAAACAUCCAAAAUGGCCAACAUGGGUCGUUGGUAGUGAGUCUCAUUAUACAGUUCUAUUUGCUCUUGAUACAACUGUUCAAGAUAAGAAUGAACUGGAAGAAAGGGAAUCACAGAUCUGUAAAGCUUUUGAUGCACAAGAUCAGAGUGGAGGUGGUGGUUUUAUUGAUGUGGAAGGUUUCCAUCAAGUUCUCAAGGAAACAAAUAUCAGACUUCCACUUGAGAAACUUGAUAACCUUUGCAGUACAGGCUUUAUUGUAUGGAGUGAGUUCUGGCAGGUGAUUCUGGAUUUAGAAGAGGGCCUGGGAGGUCUAAAGGAUUCAACUGGACUGAUGGGUAGAAAAGCAUUUGACCUUUACCAUUUUAAUGGGAUUGCAAAAUCGGAUUUGAAUGGCAGCCAAGCAACAUCUGCUGGGGAGACUCCUAUGCAGAGACCUAGACUCACAAAACUGAGGGUUUUGGUUCCUCCAAGUUGGAUCCCCGACAAUUUAUCAGUUCCCUCUAGUUCUGUGGGGGGGUGAAUCUUGUGGAAAAGACGCUGAAGUGGCUAAACCUAAAUCAGCGCAGCACGCACCUCUGGUAGACUGCAUUAGAACACGCUGGCCUUCGCGCUGUGUGUAAUUGGGUGGGAGAUCCUCCUAGCAUAGUCUGAAUGUAUAUCAAUUCUUCAUGUUGGAAACAAAAUACAUGAAAUCUUAAAGGACACAGAAAGAAGAUAGGAUUGCUGUCCCUUGUUGGUUUGCCAUCACCUUGGAGCACAUGAGAGGAGCAGGUUUUCCUGGUCUAGUCAAUUUCAAGCAUGCGCAUCACCAUUUUCUGCUGUGUAAUGGCUGUAACAUUGACAUUCUAAUUCAAUUUUCAUAUCUCAAAAACUGGAGGGAGAGAACACAUCAUAAUGCAUUCAAAUUUAAUUAAUUUUGAGGUUAAAU